CCUUAUAAGGAGUGUCCUGUGAUGUCAGAGGGGGCGGGGCCUGUGCUCUAUAUAAGCCCUGUAGUGCAGCCUCUCUGACAGAAUAACUCUCACUAAGUGAUGAAGAUGAUGAUGCUGCAGCCUCUCUGGGACCUCCUGCGGGGACACUCGUCCCUCCUGCUGUCACCCCUGUUCCCUGUGCUCUUCUCCCUGGGGGGCUACCUCACCUGCUGUCUGCCCUACCUGCUGCUGGACCUGCUGGCCCUCAGGUGGGCCUCGCUGCGCAGGUACAAGCUGCAGCCUCAGAGCUCCAUCAGCUGGGCCUCAGUGCGGAGCUGCCUGUCGCUGACACUCUACAACCACCUGGUGUUCCUGCUGCCAAUCACGCUGCUGCACGGGUACCUAAGCCCCGCCCACCUGCCGGCUCAGGCCCCACCCCUUCCCCGCCUCCUGGCCCAGGUGUUCGUCUGCCUGCUGCUGUUCGACUUCCAGAGCUUCACCUGGCACCUGCUGCACCACAGGGUGCCCUGGCUCUACCGCACCUUCCACAAGGUGCACCACAGCUCCAGCUCCACCUGGGCGCUCACCACGGAGGCGACGGGGGCGAUGGAGACCCUGAGCCUGGGCUUCUUCUCGGGAUGCACUCCGGUCCUCCUGGGCCUGCACCCCCUCAGCCAGCUGGGCUUCUUCCUGCUCAACAUCUGGCUCUCUGUGGAGGACCACUGCGGCUACGACCUGCCCUGGGCCACGCACCGCCUCUUUCCCCUCCACCUGUACGGGGGCGCGCCGCACCACGACCUGCACCACCUCAACUCCUCCUGCAACUACGCACCAUACUUCACCCACUGGGACCGCCUCAUCGGGACCCUGCAGACCCGCUGAGGACGGGACUGAGGACGGGAGGUCCAGAGACAAAAAGAGAUGGAGAAGGUCGGAGUAAAACGUGACGUAAAUCACGUGACAUUAAGCUAUGUUGUAAAAGACUGAAAGAGAUGGAGGUAACGUCGUGGAGAUGAAGAGACAAAGAUGGAAGUUGAUGGAGAAAAAUAAAUGGAGAUCAGUCUCAGAGAAAGAGACAUUAACAGAGACAGAAAGAGACGGAGACGAAGAGUUGGACAUUAAGCUAUGGAGACAGAAAGACUGAAAGAGCUUCAGAGACAAAGCACCCAGAGAAGUUUCUGAAGGUUUGGAUGCAUUUAGUUAAACAUCUUGUAUCACGAGACACGUGUUGGAAGCUCAGAUUUACAGGUUUCUGUGAACGCCUCGUCUUCUACAUUAACAGAAGAUUUAUAUUUAUUAUAUCUUUAUAUUUAUCGCUGCUCAUUUAAAAUGUAUUUAUUUAUUUAUGAACUUCUACCUCCAUGUUGUUGUUAGAUUAUUAUGAAGAGUUUUAAAGUGAGGAGUCUCUAAUGAAGGAAACCUCGAUGAGACGUAUUUAAAUGUUGAAAUGUUCACAUUGAACUCGUGCAACGGUGUUUAAGGAGCUUUCUGGUUCAGAGGCAUAUAUAUUUAAAGAAGGAGAUGAAGUGUUGAGCUGUCAGUCUGAAGCUGGGACUGCGGGGGGACUGAGGGGGGACAAGAGUUUGCACUGAAUUAAGACCAUGCAUGUGAAAAUAAACAUUAUGAU